AUGCCCACCGAGUUAGAAGAGCUGGUGGAAUUCCUCCACCAUGGCAACACGCAGAUUCGACAGGUUGCCGUCGAGCAUCUCGUGGGCUUUUCCACUGCUCAGCCGAGCCUGUUCAAGGCGCAUCAAUUGCUUCCCAUCCGAGACUUGAAGUUGCUCAGCAAGGAUUACACUCCUAUUGCCAAAAAUGCUUUGACCAUGCUCAUCAACCUCUCCAGUGACAAGGAGGUCUUGGAGUGCCUGGCCGGUGAUGACGAGUUUAUUGGAACUGUGCUAAGGAAGCUCAUGGAUGUGAAAGAACCUAAUGCCGACGAGUUCGCGAUGUUGCUCGCCAAUCUGGUCAAGUCCGAACACCUCAACAAACUCCACACCAUGAAGCGAAAGGCCCCUGCCAAUGUGUCCAGCUCGGAGAACGUCAUUGACCAGUUGAUGGACUGCUUCGUCAAGGGCGCCGAGGGUGACUUGAACAAAAAGGCCAACUUCGACUACCUGUCCUAUGUGUUCGCCGAUCUGUCCCAAACCGAGACGGGAAGAGCCUACUUCACAACGCGGCAGGAUUACGAUGGAGUUGUGCCCAUCACCAAGUUGACUGUAUUCACCGAACACAAGAGCGAUAUUCGACGAAAGGGUGUCGCGUCAACCAUCAAGAAUGUCGCCUUUGACAUCUCUUCGCAUCCCAUGCUCUUCAGCGAGGAUGGCGCCAACCUGCUCCCAUAUCUGUUGCUUCCCCUCGCGGGGCCGGAAGAAUUCUCCGACGAAGAAAUGUCGUCAAUGCUUCCAGACUUGCAGCUCUUGCCACCCGACAAGAAGCGCGAGCCUGACAACACUAUCCUGACGACUCAUUUAGAAACGCUGGCCCUGUUAUCGACUACGCGCGAGGGUCGCGACAAGAUGCGUGAUGUGCAGGUAUACCCCUUCCUCCGAGAAUGUCAUCUGCACGUGGACGAUGAGGAAGUGCAAGAGGCCUGCGAUCGAGUGGUCCAGGUCAUUAUGCGUGAUGAGGAAGGUGAAGGUGAACAGACCGAGGCUGAAUUGGCCAAGGCUCAGAACGCGAUCGAGCCCGCGCCUGAGGCAAAGGCCAAGAGCGAGGAUGACCAAGUGGUGGAGUUGUUCUGA